GCUACACCUGCCUCUAAGCUAUUUGCUGGAAUAAGUAUCAUUGCAGGAGGAGAUUUUUAUCAACUACCACCGAUAAGGAAAAAACCAGUAUUUGAGAAUUUUAACAUUGAUACACAUAACCUGUGUCAUCCCUGGCAUCUUUUUAGAAUGACAGAGCUUAUCGAUAAUAUGCGUUCAAAAGAUGACCAACCAUUUGUUGAAAUGUUAAACAAAUUUCGGACUGCUUCCCAGACAGAGCAAGAUAUUAAGCACAUUCAAUCACGCUCAAUACAACCAGAAGCCGAAAAUUAUCCAUCAGAUGCUAUACAUAUAUAUGCAGAAAAUAAACCUGUUGAUGAACAUAAUAAUACCAAACUAAGUCAAUUACCAGGAACACUGUUUAAUCUUAGAGCAGCAGACCAGUAUCCUUCAAAUGUAUCCAAAACAGAUAUUGAGAGAGUAUUAUCAAAGGGUCGUUCUGAUACUGGCGGACUAGAUUAUGACAUACAUAUCAAAGAAGGUGCAAGGGUUAUGCUAACAAGCAAUAUUGAUAUUGCAGACAGACUCAUCAAUGGCCAAAUAGGUACUAUUAAUAGAGUUCAUGUUAACCAAAAUACAGAAAAACCAAGUAUCAUUUAAAUCAAAUUUGACGAUGAACAAGCUGGCAAAAAUGUAAUCAGUAAAUCCCUCAAUCAAUUUGUUAAAGUAAACAAUGUUGUUCCCAUUGAGCCAAUUCUUGCUAAAAUCAAAGUGAGGCCUGGAAAACCAUCUUCACCAGAAAUUCAAAGAGUCCAAUUUCCCAUUACAUUAGCAUAUGCAGUUACUAUACAUAAAAUUCAGGGUCUUACUUUAAAUGAAGUUGUAAUUAGUUUUGAGUUAUUCCGCCAAAGGUCAUUUAACUAUGGACAAGUAUAUGUAGCUUUAAGUAGGUCACGUUCAUUAAAUGGUCUAUACACUUUAGGAUAG